AUGCUGUUCUCUGAAAUAUUUUGUACCCUUGGCUGGUUAGCUAUAGUGUUCGCCAAGGAUGUUCUGUGGCUGGAUUUGGGAAGACUUUCUAUAGGUUUUGGCGUUGGACUUAUUUCUUAUGUGGUACCUGUAUAUAUUGCAGAAAUAACACCCAGAGAUCUUCGAGGAGUAUUUACUGCAUUCACUCAGUCAAAGAUACUUUGUUCUCAUUUUUCUCCAGGUGCUACUCCAUGCCUGUUGCAAAUUGUAACUUUAUUUUUCAUUCCUGAGUCUCCUAGAUGGCUGGCAAAAGUUGGUAGAGAAAAGGAGUUUGAAACAGCAUUGCAGCGCCUCAGGGGAGAGAUUGCUGAUAUUUCUCAAGAAGCAGCUGAUAUUAGAGAAAAUUUGGAAAACUUUCACCAGGGCUCAGGAACUAGAUCUUUGGAGCUGUUCCAGAGGAGAUACAUAAAUUUUCUCAUUAUUGGAGUUGGCCUCGUGUUCCUACAGCAAUUAGCAGGAGUUAGUGGUAUGACAUAUUAUGCUGAUAGUAUAUUCGAAAAAGCUGGUGUUUCCACUAGCCUUGGAAGUACAUUGGUGGCUAUUGCAGCGAUUCCAGCAACAGUUGUUGGAGUCCUAUUAAUGGAUAAAGCAGGAAGAAAACCACUCCUCCUGGUUGGAAUAGCAGAAGAAUUUUUUUCAANGAAAAAGUGUUUAUUAGAAUAA